CCUUCCAGUAAUUUGCCAAAAUGACCAACACAAAGGGAAAGAGGAGAGGUAUCUGUUACAUGUUCUCUAGGCCUUUUAGAAAACAUGGAGUUCUUCCUUUGGCCACAUACAUGCGAAUCUAUAAGAAAGGUGAUAUUGUAGACAUUAAGGGAAUGGGCACUGUUCAAAAGGGAAUGCCCCACAAAUGUUACCAUGGCAAAACUAGAAGAGUCUACAGUGUUACUCAGCAUGCUGCUGGCAUUGUUGUAAACAAACAAGUUAAGGGCAAGAUUCUUGCCAAGAGAAUUAAUGUACGCAUUGAGCUUAUUAAACAUUCAAAGAGCCGAGAUAGCUUCCUGAAACGUGUAAAGGAAGAUGAUCAGAAAAAGAAGGAAGCCAAAGAGAAAGGUACUUGGUUUCAACUAAAGCAUCACCCUGCUCCUCCCAGACAAGCACAUUUCAUGAGAACCAAUGAAAAGGAGUCCAAACUGCUGGAACCCAUUCCCUAUGAAUUUAUAAAAUCGCUACAAAUGGUUGGCAGCACCGUUGUCGUUAAAGUCUCAAGGGAACCAUACAAAAAUGGCAAGCCCCAAGGUCCUCAGAAAGUGGAUUCUCCAACCACCUCAGUUCCUUCCUGUCAGGGCCAGCUGUCACAGGACUGUGUUUGCUCGCCCCCUAGUGGCAGACACCCGCACUCACAUUUGCCUGAAUUGCUCCUACCGCUCUUCUUUCUUGAAACAGUGUGCCCAGAAGGUCAAAAGAUAUAUGUGAUUGCUAAGGUGAGAGUUAAUUGCUUCCAGCACUUUGGAGAUUUAAUUCCAUUUCUUCCAGCUCCCAUCACACCCAUGGAAAGUAACCCUCCUCUGGGCUUUGCGGUAGACUUCCAGCUGCCCCAAAUGCCUUGCCUAGUAGAUGCCCUGGGGGUUUCGGGUGUUCAGGAAGCCAUCCUUUAUCUUUGA